AUGGUCAGUUUCUUCACUCGAAGAAAGAGAAAUGAUGGCUUUAAAGGGUUUAGCAGAUAUCACGACGAGAUAGAACGCUAUAUAUCCUCAAGUGCAGCUGCUGCUGCUGCUGCUGUGAAAUUACAUUCACCUAAUACUACCCUGUUUCCUAAUAUCCCAAAUCGUACAGCGUCAUUAAACAGAAAUUCAACUCCUUAUUCAAACGGUGGUGGUGGUCAAAAUAGAACUAACUCCCUUCGCACUUAUUCUUAUCAUCCAGGAGCUUCAUAUGUUGCUGGUCAACCACUUCAGAAAUCCACCCCCGCUCCUCCAUCUCCACGAGUCAUCCCAAGACGAUAUAAUAGUCUUACCAAUGCCACCAAAAGACUCAACUCGUUGUCCUCGCAAAACUCAAACCUCAGAAGGCACUCCAUUGAUGAAUUGGGUCCAGAGUUAAUAGGUGAAGAUGAGGAAGUCACUAUUACUACUCAAACUACGGAAGUUGUUGAUGCUCUGGGUCGUACACAGUCAAUAACAACAAGAACAAUCAAGCAAUUGCCGGAUGGUUCAAAUAUAAUUGAAACAACCACCAAGAGUGUUUCUCGAGGUGGUUCUCGUACAAGCUCACUUCGGGCUGAUUCUUUAAUGGGAGGAAGACAAAAUGCAAAUACUAAUUUGACUAUUAUCGAUGAAGAUUUACAAGAUUUUGAUUAUAAUUAUCAAUUGGAUAAUCCAAAAUUGGCUGCUGCAGUUCCUCUUGUUUUGAACCAUAAUCAUCAAGAGCCCCCCACCACCUCCCUUUCAAAUCCAAUUUCAUCUCCACCAAUAUUAUCUCCAAAAUUAGUACCACCUCCUCCAAUACUCAAAGAUAGUCCACAACAACAACAAAUAAUAGAACGGAGUAGUUCAUUGGUUCUGAAUGGGUCAAAUAAACCAUUGAAACUGAUUAUGAAACAUAGACUGCAAGAUGCAGAAUCAGAGCCAGAUUAUGCAGAUGCCCGCGAUUCAUUUGCACCAUCUACAAGUCCAGGAGCAAUUAAUAAAGAGGAGUUUUCUCCUCCUCCGCCUCCUGCUGUUAUUCAGCAUCCAUAUAAAUCAUUAUCCAAUUCUCCUACAAGUCCUCUGCUUCCCUCUAAAAAGGUGGCUGCUGUUCAAGACUCACAGGCAAGAAAUAAUCAUUGGGGUUCGUCACAUGAAACAGCUUCACAACUUUCUGGUAGCAACUCUAUAAAAUUCAAUGAGGUGGUUGAAACUAUAGCAUAUACUCCCGAUGCAGCAGAAAGAGAAAACGAUUACUUCAAUUCAGCCCAACACCAGCCACCACCAGCACAUAAUAAUAAAGUACAGCAUGAGAAACGUAAGCAAUUAACAGAUGAUGAAAUGUAUUUGGUUGCGAUUGAAGCUGCAAAACGGAAAGUUUAUGGAGAUCGUGCUGCUGAUGAACUUGUUCUGCUUCCUUCAAAUGGCCCUCACUUUAAAACUUCUUUAAGAAGCCCACCUCCUUUAAAAAGUCCUACUUCUCCUCAGUCACCAAGGAGUGGUUAUAAUGCUGUUAUUUCUACAUCAUCACCCACCGCAAUUUCUGCCACUUCUCCAGCAUUUGCGAGUACCAGUGAGCCUAUUGCAGAUGAUGUUACAUUGAGUUCUUCUACCCACAAAGCAAUGCCAAAGAAGUCCAAAGCUAAUCAAGGGGUUCCUAAAGACUACCAAUAUAAGUCUCACAACAAGCCACUUUCAGCCCAUACUUUAAGAGGUUCUGAAAAUAUAGUGGAACAGAAAGUUGUGGCCAAGCAGCAAGAAAAGGAAAAGAAGGAAGUGGAAAAGAAUGAACGAAACUUACAGAAGAAACAGCAAAAGGAUGAUGCCAAAAAGCAAAAACUAGCUGCAAAGGAAUUAGCAAGGCAAAAGAAGCUUGAAGCUAAGGCCUUGAAGAAACCUCAUAAAGGGUUUUUAUUUUUCAGGAAGUCAUCCAUGGAUUCCUCUUCUGAACAAAGCAAUCAUAGAGUUUCAACCGAUACCAAUACCACUAGUGCAUUGGGUGAUACCACUUUUGAAAGCAGCAUGAAGAGUCAUGACACCUCAAUACCUAUAACUAGUCCACCUCAAAAAGGACCUGUGUAUGCUGCUGAGACUAAUGGUGAACAUACCAGUGACAUUUCAAGGUCGGUAUUUGCUGUGAUUGAUAACUACAAUUCAGAGUCGAUACCAACUAUCAAAGAAGAAUCCAAAUCAACUAGUGAUCGAAAUAAAGUGAAUUCCCUUGAUGUAGAUAAAAAUGAAGGCUUGGGACUUGGACUGCCAUAUGAAUUUCAAAAAACAAACACUAUUCAUCAGGCAAGUGCUGAAAGUAAUGAGAAGCAUGGAGAACAACAUGUAUCAAAGCAAGCGGGACAAGAAAUCAACACUAUCCAAAACGAUGAAUUGGCUACAGAUGCUGAUCACAAACAAGUUCCUAAAGAAAUCGAACUGCAUUUGAAGGAUGUAGAUACCGAAAUGGAACAUGCAGAUGUUGAUACUAAAGUAAAUGGCUCUCAGAAGUCAUCUAACUCAUCAGCACCGUAUGAGGUUGGCAUGCAGGAGUUAUCGGAUGAGGUUGAAGCGCCAGGUACUUAUAAAGAGGAUAUUGAAACGGGUUCACUUCAUUCAAUUGAAGUUGAUCAUGAAAGAGAUGAUCGUGGCAAAGAUGACCAUGAAGUCUUGUCUUCGGAAAGCAUUAAGAACAUCGCUAAUACUACACCUGAUAACUCUGUACUUGACGGAAAGCCGGGUAGUAAAAAGAACACUAAUUUAUUGUCCACUGCAAUUGCUUCUACUAAGACUGAAUCCUCGCCAGAUAAACAUGAAGAUCAUGGCAUCAACGAAGACAUUGCACCAAGUACUAAAACUAUCACCAACGUUAGUAUGUCUGAAGAAGCUACUGAUGAUCUACCUUCAAACGUCAAUGGUGAAAAUUCCGCCUCCAGUGAUGUUUAUCGGGACCUACAAGAAGAACCAGUCGAUACUCCAGUCAUGUCAGACGUUGUCAAUGAAAGCUAUGGUUCAGUUACACCAGAUAUUUCCCAGAAUAUUCGUGAGUCUGGGCAUUUCAUCGAACUGAUUGAUUUUGAUGAGUCUCAACCCGAAGACAACAACGAAGAAGAUGAUCGUACUAUCGAACAAGGGGUGGACGUGAAGACGAAAGAACAUGAGAAAACAGUGCUGGAACCACCCAAUCACGGCAUUUCUACUCUUGAAAACCAGAAGCAAGCGCCAAAGAAGAAAGGAAAGUUUAGAAUGCAUGUGUUGAAGUACUUUGUCAAUGGCUAUGAUAAAUAG